GAACUCGAGAAGGAGGACGAGAAGGCGGCGGCAGGUGGUCCCCGACGCAGGCGGCCGUCAGCAUGAACUACGUGGGCCAGCUGGCGGGCCAGGUUCUGGUGACGGUCAAGGAGCUGUACAAGGGCAUCAACCAGGCCACGCUGUCAGGUUGCAUCGACGUGGUGGUGGUGCGUCAGCCAGACGGAUCCUUCCACUGUUCCCCCUUCCACGUGCGCUUCGGAAAAUUGGGAGUGCUGCGCUCCAGGGAGAAAGUGAUUGACAUAGAAAUAAAUGGAGAAGCAGUGGAGUUGCACAUGAAGCUGGGAGACAACGGUGAGGCUUUUUUUGUCCAGGAGACAGAAGAAUACGAUGAGAUGGUCCCGCCACACCUGGCGACCUCGCCUAUCCCCACAGACGACGCCCUGAUCAAUGACCAAGAGCCCAAAGGCAGGCAAAGUCGUCCCCCAAAUGCCCCGGAAGAGGGUCCCGGCGCAGGGGGGAAGAAGAGGAAACGGCGACGCCGGAAGCACAAAGCCGAGCCCCGUAAGGAGGACCAGAGCCAGCCAGUAGGGGGCGAGCUGGAGCUUCCUGGGUUCAGCUCAGAUGAGGAGAUAAACUUCCAUAGCACGUGGGUAUCUUCGACAAUGAACGAAAACACGGCUCACUUGCGACAUUCCCCAGCCACCGGCCUCGAGUGGGACAGCUACCCUUUCUCUGACGGCGACUGGUCCCCCUACACUGACAGGGUGAUGUCUGAGCUUGAGCCAGCGUCGCCCAACAGCGACUCAGAGUUGAUGGUGAAGACAACAGACAGUAUGCUCAGAGCCGACGCCCACAUGCAGUGGAGCUGGGGCGAGUUCCCGGAAUCUACCAGGCAGGUGAGCAAAAAGGAAAGGUCCGGACUGAAGGCGCUGACCAUCACCCCCUCAGAGAGCACACAUUUCAGGGUCAUCUCCGGCCCGGAGGAGCGAGCCGAAGAUCUUCUCUGCGGCAUUGUCAAACCCCAACCUCAAAAUGCCGAACCGAGAACCUCAGACCUCGGUGGGAAAGCUACUCACAAGACCAAGUGGACGUCUUCCCCGCCCAGCUGCAGGGAGUCGGAUACGAAGUCUGCAGAGAUUGCUGUAAAGAGACGAGGUGUGAGGAAGAGGAGUCAACAUCAGGGGCCAGAAGACAUCUACCUGGAUGACCUGAACGCACUCACGCCCGAUGUCGUGGCGCUCUACUUCCCCAAGAGCGAAUCGGGUCAGGUUGCGAGGCCCUGGGCGGAGUCUACGGCAGUCGGGGGUACGCGCUCAGGUUCGCAGUCGCCCCAUUCGGUGGGCGGCAGCAGCAGCGGCGGUGGGAGUCUCGGAGACAGCGGCACCGAAUGUCUUUCUGACCCGGCCUCCGACUUGCCCGACGUCACGCUAUCGCUCUGCGGUGGCGGCGGGGGCGACGACUCUGAGAUCGACAGCGAAACAUUCCUGGAGUACAUCAUCAGCUAUCAUGAGUUUGCAGAAAACCCUGCAAUUAUCGAUAAUCCCAAUUUGGUGGUUCGGAUUGGACACAGAUAUUACAACUGGACUCUGGCGGCGCCACUCAUCCUAAGUAUGCAGGCGUUCCAGAAGAACCUCCCAAAGGCCACAGAAGAAGCCUGGGUGAAGGACAGGAUGCCCAAGAAGUCUGGGCGAUGGUGGUUCUGGAGAAAGAGCAGCGUGAAGCAGCUAUCCGCUGAGAGCAAGCUGGAGCGACAGGAGAGUUUGACCAAUGAGAAUUCAGCUCUCAACACAGGCCCUAAAGCACAACAGAAAACCUCGGAGUGGUCGAGUGACGAUGAAACCAAAGACCUCAACGCCGUGAUUACCGGCCGGACGCCGCCUGAGCGCGUUCAGACGGAAGCUCCCGGUCCCGCCUACAGGAAGUCCCUGCGCCUGUCGUCGGAGCAGAUCGAGGGUCUGAAGCUGAGGGAGGGUCCCAACGACGUGACGUUCAGCAUCACCACUCAGUACCAGGGAACGUGUCGCUGCCAGGGCACCAUCUACCUGUGGGACUGGAACGACCAGGUCGUCAUCUCGGACAUCGACGGCACCAUCACCAAGUCGGACGUGUUUGGUCACAUCUUGCCUCGGCUCGGGAAAGACUGGACGCACGAAGGAAUCGCCAAGCUCUACCACUCGGUGCACCAGAAUGGUUACAAGUUCCUGUACUGUUCGGCGCGGGCCAUCGGCAUGGCGGACAUGACGCGAGGGUACCUGCAGAAGGUCAACGACGGGGGCACGCUGCUGCCGAGAGGACCGCUCAUGCUGGCACCCAGCAGCCUCUUCUCAGCCUUCCACAGACAGAUGAUCGAAAAGAAACCCGAGAAGUUCAAAGUGGAAUGCCUCUCCGACAUCAGGAAGCUCUUCUCUCCCAGCAUGCAUCCCUUCUACGCCGCCUUUGGCAACAGAGAGAGCGACGUGUUGGCUUACCGUCUGGCGGGCGUGUCGGCGUGCCGCAUCUUCACCGUGAACCCAAAGGGUGAGCUGAUUCUGGAGCAGGUCAAAGGCAACAAAACGUCAUACACGCGUCUGAGCGAGCUGGUGGAGCACGUGUUCCCGUUGCGUAGCCGGCAGCACGCCGCCGCCUUCUGCUGCCCCGACUUUAGCGCCUUCUCCUACUGGAGGCAGCCCGUCACGCACGCCUGCUUGGAGGACCUGCUUUGACGCAUUACUCAUUCUUUUCCAGCUCCUACGUGAGAGAUGGACAUGGCUACCGACGAGACGGGUAUAGCAGGACGCCGCUGAAGGACGACAGGGUGUGGGCGGAGGCGAGUUCCCCCGCCGUCAGCGACAGUGCCGCCCGCUCGCCUCGCCUCAUGGACACCACCAGGGUGACCGAGGCGGGGGGGCAGAGACCGGGGAACGGCUCGCGGGCCGCCCCCCCUCUGGAGUCGAACCUGUGGACGACGCGCUGGUCCACCGACAGGACCGCCUCCAUCUUGGUGCCGGGUUGGGCGGCGAGCACGGCGCUCAGCAGGUAGCGGCCGUCCACUGGGGCCGUGAAGAGGCCUGGCAGCACAUAGAUCCUGAUUAGUGGAGUCACAGAGCUUUCCCACUAAGCACUAGCAUUUGGUUCACGAAAUCGUUUUACCAAAAAUUGCGAAAUAAUACCACUUUUUGGGGUCCAGAACAUUCUGGCACCAAAUUUUGGGGUGGUAGAGGAAGCUGACUACCUAAACAAGGGUACCUUUGCAUUUAGGUACCUAAGGCCAAGUCCCGAACUACUGCUCCCACUCCCCAGGUGUACACCAAGCAAUAUAUUUAGGUCCAGUUUGGUUGGGUAACCCAGUUUUCAUCGUCAAAAGUUGUGGUGGGUCCCCAAACACAUCUGCACUGUACCCACUUUUGGCACCCUUUUGUUAUGGUGCCAAAAGCCAAGUCCUUAGCUACUGUACUGCUGUCCCCCAUAGUAUUCACUAAGCAGUACAUUCAGGUCCAGUUUGGUUGGGUUACCCAGUUUCCAAUGUCAAAAGUUGUUCAGGGUACCAGGAGAACAAAUCACUUCUGAACCAGUUUUUUGGUUUUUCCUCCACCACCAUCUCUACAAACCAUAUUAGACUACCAAGAUAAGUAAUCCCUUGUAUACCAGUUUUUUGGCACCCUAUCCUAUUGCACUCUGCGGUUACUUAAAGGUAACGUUCAGUUGUGCCAACGGAGAAGUUCGAAAAAAUUAGCCCCGCCACCAGUUUCACACGCCGACACGAAAUUGGGUGGAAAUGUCUCUCAUGAUUGGACCCACCUAAAAGUCUCAAGGAACCAUGCCGGAAAUUUAACAGGAAGUCGUCUAUUUUGGUUAUUUGCUUUGCCUACCUGUGCUUGGGUCGUAGUGGCCUCCAUCAUUGACCAGCACCGUGUCGAAGCGGACGACGCCCACCUUGCUGUGAAUCGGUGGCAGAGCGAGGCCGGCGGAGAAGGAGAUCUUGUCCUGUUUGUGCCGUGCCGCUGCAUCUGCUUCACUCACAAGAAAAUCCGGCGAAAUUGAGAGCAUUUCAAUUACAGCCCGCCAAAAAUGACUUACCUGCGACGGACGGAAGUUUGUAGGGUAGGGGCUCAACGAGGUUUACCGGUGAAGCUUUGUAAUAGAACACAGAUGAGAAACAAUAAACACAAAGCGCCGAGCCACAUGCUGCUUCACCACAUCUCAAGACAAAGACAUCUGAUCUGCAGCCGCCUGUUCUGGUAAACUUACCUGGCGCGCCGGCGAAGCCGAGCACGCGCGCCGUGCUGCCAUGCGUCCCUUUGGGAAGCUUGGUCGACAACGUCCUCCUACCCGGGGCUCCUCCCGCCUCGCCCGUCUCCGUGGCCGAAGGCGUCUGAGGAGGCGUGUCCACGGGGCUCGGAGGUACCGACAGAGGAGGUCCCGCUCCCACCGUCACGCCUGUCGAGGACAUAAAAAGCCUCUUUUACCCUGGACAAGCCGGGAUUUAUGUAGCACUGCCGCUACCGAUUAUUUUUAGAAUCGAUUCAUUGAGUAAUCAGAUAAAAAUACAAUGCGGUAUGUUUCUACAUUGUUAAACAACAAAAUGUGCAUGUGAGGUGCAGGUAUUAUUGUUGUCCACUGGGGGGUCACCAUCCUCACGUUCCGCACUAUAAUAUCUGCGACUUUGUGUGUGCGUGGCCUUGAAAGGUGGGGCAAAGCUUUUGCUUUGACUUUUCGAAAAUCGUGUUAUUCAAGCUUUUCGAUUAAUCGUUUCAGUCCUAGAGUCAUCCAGCUUUUUCCGAGUCGCUUGUGUCAUCUAAUUGUUCGUACGGCUAUGUGAAAGCACACACAGCCAUUCUUUUUUUGUGUGUGGAAAAUGCUACUAAAUUAUACUGAGAACCGCAUCAAGCUACAGUAGGUGGCUAGAAUGAGUAUAUUUUUGACAUUCAUCAAGCCCAAAACAAUAAAACAGAAGGAAAAUGGCAGUUCUCUACGAAAGCCAGAGCCUUACUUUUUGUACAAAAUUCUACUAAAUCAUGCUAAGAACAAGGACGAGAGGUUUAGGGCCAGGGCACAGUAUAUUGAUAACAUCCAAUCUAAAUAAUUUUCAAGUAACUUCAGUAUGUCAGCUCUCGACUGGUCUCAACUGCAUUACUUUUUGUCCAAAAGCCUACUAAAUUGCGCCAAGAGGUGAUGACUCACUACGAUACUGUAUGUAUAAACAGCAACAGGCCCGUGUAAGCGGCGAGGCGUGAUGCGUGUGUGAAAGCCAAAAGGCAUUGCUCAACACGAGUGGGGGCCAUUAGAAAAUCGGAGCAUGUGUGUUCAAUCAGCGCCGCUUCCCGUGACUGACGGCGAGGCCGAGUGAAAAUACAACCUCCCUUUGAUUUUGUUUUUCCAAACAAACACAACACAGCCUCUUUGGUAAGACUUGUUUGUUCGCUCAACAUUCUGUUCUUUUCUCACAGGAAAAUGUUGUCAGAUUUCAUCAAAUGUUCAUGGUUUUAAUUUCAAAAUGACUGAUUACUAGAGUGCAGGGGCGACAAGAACUGACAUUUUCUUCAAUAAUAAUUAAAAACAAAAAACUGUAAUGCGCUUGAAAUUAGUCAAGAACUGACAUAUUCUUUGGGUCACUUGAAAAGGCUUUUCGUCUUAAUGCAUGCUAUGAAUAUAUUAUGGCCCUAACCAGACACAAAAAUAGUGCUGCAUGUUAUUUUCGUAGAAUUUUCUACAAAAAGUAAGGCAAAGGCUUUAAUAGAGAGCUGCCAUUUUCUUUUUCGUUGCUGUUUUAUUGCCCUUGGUUUUAUGACUCUUACAAAUACACUACGACCCAAACACUAUCCGCCAACAAUAGCACUUAAUGCUGUUUUAGUACAGUUUUGUACAAAAGGUGGGGCACUGGUUUUUGUAGAACAUUUCUGCCAGUCAUUAUGAAAAAAGAAGCUUUUUUAGGUCACCUAGCUGUCAUUUUACCUGAAUUAAACAUUGCAAAUUUAGUAGGAUUUUGUACACAAUUAAUCAUUUUUCAGGCAACCCCCCCAAAAAAAAAUUCUUUUUUUGGUACACAUUUCUAAUAAACUGACUAAACUGCCUUUGUCGAACCUUUCUGAUAAAGUCAAAGCUUUUCUAGGUCAGUUUGAUGUUGUUUUUUUUGCAUACAGGGCACAAUUUAGUAGAAUUUUGUACAAAAAAAUGAAUGCACUUGUAAUGAGUGUGAUCCUGCUCCUUAUUGACUUGGGAUGCGAAGAUCAAGAUUUCUACUUCCAGAUGAAUUGACGUCGAGCUUAUCUCAAGAGGCUGGAAAAUGGCUGCUCCAAAUCUUCACACAGCUAAUCUCGGCAUUUUAACCCCCCCACCCCGGUCACGCGUUUGAGCUUCCACGGCCGAGUGCAUCUCUUCUCUUCUGGAGAGCCAAGAGGGUCCCGAGGGGGUCUCAUGUGUUUGCUGUGUUGUUAUCCUUGAAAUAAGGGGGCCCCCGUAAUGGGAUGGAAAGAAAAACCUACUUUACGCUAAGCAAAACUUCCUGUUUAGCUUGUGGCUCUUAUAUGAAAAGAUUACAACAAUGGCCCAAAAUAAAAAAUAAAAAAUUGCCAUUAUUUCCAAAUCUUUAUGAUAAGUCACAUCACUUGUGGGAAAAAAAGGAAUUCAUUAAGAGACUGGGCAUUGUGAAUUUAGUAGAAUUUUGUACAAAAAUGAAUGAACUGAGCACAAUUUAGUAGGAUUUUUAAUCUAUCUGUCUGUCGUUUGUAUGUCAGAUACAUUAGAAAUCGAAAUCAAAAGGCUCUACUUAUUCCACUGAAUUUUUUUGGGUAUAAAUUUCAACUAAAAUGGCAUUGGCAUUGCUGUCAUUGAAACUUUCGGACAACGGUUUUUCAGGCCACCCAAAAGAUGAUUAGGCUUUCUACUUAUUCCACCGCCUUACUUAUUGAACAAAAGGGUUGCUAAGGGUUGCAGGUUAGGGCAUAGCAUAUCCAUAACAUCAAAUCUUUUUCGAAUAACCCAAAGAACAUUUCAAUUCUCUCGAGAGAAGUAAGAAUACGUCAGGUUUAUACUAAUUUUGAACAAAUAUUUUUUGUACAAAAUUCUACUAAAUUGUAGCCGAGCUCGCGCAGUUCAGCCCAAGCAACACGGCGCGUCGUUGUUGGGCCACCUGAUAAGAAGGUCAUACGUUUGCUGCCUCAGUGGCUAAAGUGGUCGCCGUGCUGGAGAUAACGCGGUCGAGCGUGAUAACCCCCGUGAACCGUUGGCAAGACGGGACAAGAACAUAAUAGCCUGCAGGUCUUUUUAAGGCACAAAGUGCACUGUACAUCACUGUCACCUUUUUCUUCUUUCUGAGCAGCCAAUCGUGCACUAUGGGGAAUAAGAAUCUUAUUUUGACAGAAUAGCACCUCUAGUUUUAUUUACACUGAUUUUUGUUUGUUUGUUUUUUUACGUUAAAAUCAAUUUAGAAAAUACAGCUUUAAUGAAAUGAUAAUAAAAGCUACCUGCUGACACAAGCAGCAUAUCAUACACUGUUUUGACUAAAGAGGCCUAUUGUGUAAUUUCUAAAAAUUGUGUUUACACAGAUUUCUGCACAUAUUAGCUAGAAAACAUCAACAAACUCAAAAAGAAAGCCAUAAAAGCACAUCGGGACCACUAGAACGAAUGACACAGUACCCCAAAAAGGCGGAACAUUACGAGGAAUAAUA